AUGCCGCAUGUAUUUUUAGAACUAAAACAGCUCAGUGAAGUUAGUUCUGAUGAACAACAAAUAAAACAGCUCUGUGAAGUUAGUUCUGAUGAACAACAACUAAAACAGCUCAGUGAAGUUAGUUCUGAUGAACAACAACUAAAACAGCUCAGUGAAGUUAGUUCUGAUGAACAACAACUAAAACAGCUCAGUGAAGUUAGUUCUGAUGAACAACAACUAAAACAGCUCUGUGAAGUUAGUUCUGAUGAACAACAACUAAAACAGCUCAGUGAAGUUAGUUUUGAUGAACAACAACUAAAACAGCUCAGUGAAGUUAGUUCUGAUGAACAACAACUAAAACAGCUCAGUGAAGUUAGUUUUGAUGAACAACAACUAAAACAGCUCAGUGAAGUUAGUUCUGAUGAACAACAACUAAAACAGCUCAGUGAAAUUCUGAUGAAAAUAUUGAUAGUUUAA